AUAUAAUGCCUCUUUAUCUUUCUCUCUUCACCAUCAGGGUCUUUCUACGCACCUCUGGUUCUUCAAGAUUUGGUUUUGGUGAAGUUACAAUCUCAUCCUGUUAUUUCUUUGCUGGGACAAAAUGAGUUCAUCAGAUGGCGUCCAGGAAGAAAAAGUGAAGAAACUACGUAGCGAUGCUAGAGAAGGCAAGUGGGAUGACGUGUUGGAAACAUAUAAGAAAGAAAAGGAGCUUCGCAUGGAGAAGAUAACAGAAAAAGGAGACACAGUAUUACACAUGGCUUUGUCUAAAGAUGUGAUUGUCGCGUCUGCAAUGGUAUCAUUGUUACUUGAUGAACAAAACGAGAAAACCGUGAAAGAUGAUCAAAAUAUUGAGUUGGGGGUUGAAUAUGGAGUGAGCCACGCGAAGGAGGUGCUUUGGGUUAAGAAUAAGAAAGGCAACACUGCUCUGCACUUGGCAGCUUCAAUGGGGUAUGUUCGAAUCUGUGAGAUGAUUGGUACAGCAGACCACUCCCUACUUAUAGAACGCAACAUUGAUGGAGAGACACCACUCUUCUUGGCGGCUCUCAGCGGCGACAACAAGGCUUUUCUUUGGAUUCAUUAUUUUUACAUGGAAAACCUAAAAGUUUCUUCAACCGAUGACCUUGCUCGCUGUAUACAAAGGAACAACGAUGAUACCAUUCUCCACUGUGCAAUUGCACAUGGCCAUAUUGAUGUGGCAAUCGAAAUAUUUCACCUUUACAGAGAUGAUCUUGUGAAUUGCAAAGAGAUGAAGCGCAACAAGGAUGGCUUGUCUACACUCCAUCUCCUAGCAGCAACUCCUUCAGCUUUCAAAAGUACCAGUCUCCAUGGUCGAUCUACCAUCGUUCGUUUCAUUUAUCGGCUUUUUAGUGUUAAGAAGAAGGAGCAGGCCACGACCAAGGAAGAAUUGACACGUGAACAGACACCAUCUGAUGGUAUCUGCUUUAGAGUAAUAGACUGCUUGUUUGAUUUAGUAUGUAUGCCAUUACUUGAAAUCCCUGGCGUCAAGUACAUUUUCGCCCUGCUGGGAUGUAUAAUUUUGGUUCUGCUAGGCCUCAUGCUUGUCCUCCCGCUAUUCAUCCUAGCUUUAUUUUUAAUAGCAGGGUACUGGCUCCUUGAAAUACGAAAAACGAAGGAGGAGCACGAAUGGUAUCGUCAAAUAAUGAAUGGACUUCUUGAGCAUACCUCCCUCGAUGAAAUGUCAAAGACAAAACAUGACAACGAGCCGGUAGAGACACCCCUAAUGAUCGCUGCGAAGAAUGGUGCUGUAGAAAUGGUGGAGAUGAUUCUGGAAAAAUUUCCAUCGAUAAUUAACAAUGUGAAUGAUGAGAAGAAGAACAUAGUUCUAGUAGCGGCAGAAAAUAGACAGACCAUGUUAUAUAAGUUUUUAUUGGAUCAAAAGGACGAAACCAUUCCCGAAAGUGCAUUUAGCCAAGUGGAUGAUAAGGGAAACACUGCAUUGCACUUGGCAGCCAUGAGUGGUGCAAAUCUCAAUUGGCAAACAACUACCAUGAUAGAGGAAUCCAAGUGGUUUGAGUUAGUGAAAAAAUCAGUGCCUUCUGAUUUGAGGGAGCGGCACAACAAUGACAGGAAAAGUGCAGAAGGAAUCUUUAGAGUGACUUAUGGGGAACUGAUGAAAGGCGACCUAGAGUGGUUGAAUAAAACCUCACAAGCAUGUUCUGUGGUUUCGAGCUUGGUUGCGACGAUGGUCUUUCCCAAUGUGGCAACCAGUUCCAAUAAUGAUAGUAGCAAGACAAUCCUCAUAAACAAGUUUGGAUUCAAAGCUCUUCCAAACCCAUAUCUUGUGACCCUUUCCUUGUCCCUCAUGUCCACCAUCUCCUUCCUGGGCAUACUUGCUUCUCGUUUUCAAUCUACUAGCUUUUGGAUGCAUGUUCCUUUCAUGCUUCACAUUGGCAUGUUCUUCAUGUUUGCCUCCCUUGUUUCUUUGUGGAUCUCUCUCAUGCUCCACGACCACUCUAUAACAACUUACGCAAUUCUUGGCUCUCCAAUCGGCUUCCUAAUCAUUCUCUUACUACCCGGAUUCGUUGGUCCCACGUUGAAGUCUAUGUUUUCCAAGGUUCCUGCCCCUAGCCGUCCGACCGCUGAUGCCAUCAACCGCUACAAGAAGACAGAGAAAAAGGAAAAGGGAAUAGAUUCGAACCCAGGCAAAAUGGAACAGAUGGAGACAAAAAAGGAUAAGAAAUAAGAUGAUUUUAAAAUAUUUUGGAUCAGGAUCAGGUUUGAACCUCUGAAAUUAAUAAAGUGCAUGUCUUAUUAUUCAAACAACAUUGUCCAUCAUAUAUCACUUUCAAUUUAAUAGCUUGUGUGUGGGUGUGAUUUGAUAGUUUUAUUUCUCUUUUGUUUGCAACAAUAUGUGUGUCAUAAGUAUACUUUGAGGUUUGUGAUAAUUGUUUCUUGGACUUCACUGUAUAGCUUCAUUUUUUGGGGUGCUCGUGGAUGCCAAUCCAACUUGUGUCUCACUUGUAAAGUGUAUGACUACUUUCAUUAGUGAAGUCACGAGUUUGAUUCGGCAAGACAAGAAAAGUGUAAAUGAUGACCAAUUAACUGAUCUGAUUCAAAUAUAUGUUGACUUAGCCAAA